AUGUGUGGUCGACGCAAAGGUUUUCGAAUGCGUCGUAAUUUAUUUAUUAUAUUAUGUAUUGCUAUCGUUUUGCUUGCAAUAUUUAUUGGAAUAAUAAUUGUACUCUAUGCAAUAGUUCCAGCUAUAGUUCGUUCUACGAUUGAAAAAGCUGAAUUAUCAUUUCGUUUUGUUAAUAUUGAAGACAUUGAAAAUGAUCGUUUUCGUCUACGAGCUGAAUUAGAACUAUCACGUACUGGAUCAAUUGCUGCUACAAUACUUGCACCACUUGUUAUUAAUGUAGACAAUGUUGGAACUGUAAAAAAUGAUAAACCGAUUUCUAUCGAUGGAUAUCCUGAUCGUCCAACUAUAGUUCCAAUUGAUUCUCCAUUUAUAAUUUCUGAUUUAGAAGCUUUUCAUAGAUUCUCUCGUUCUCUUAUUUUUGAAUCAAAUGUUGUAUGGCAGUUAACAGCAAAAGCAUCUAUACAACCUAUAUCGAGUGCUAUGCCUGUUUAUUCUAAUAUUCCAUUUAACAAACAGGUAAAACUUAAUGCUUUAAAUAGUCUUCAAAAUGUAAGUAUUAAAUCAAUAAGUCUUCGUCGAUCAAAUGCACAUAAAAUAUUUGUUGAUAUUAUUAUUGUAAUUCCAAAUCCAUCGAUAUUUAGUAUUGAUCUUGGUGAAUUACAAUUUUCUCUACGUUAUAAUAAUUUAUCGAUUGGUUAUGUUGAAUCAACUAAUAGUAAUACAACACUAUAUCCAGGUAUAAAUGCAAUACCAUUCUCUGGUGAACUUCAAUCAAAUUCUACUGAAUCUUACAAUGCUCUUUCGACAGUUAUACAAAAUUUUCUUACUAGAAAAACAAGUACAGUUGAAGCAUUGGCUGGUUCGAAUGCAACUUCAUAUUCUUUACUUGCAGUUGGUAUGGAAGGUCUUUCAUUAAGUGUUCAAAUGCCUCCAUUUGAUGAACAACUUAUACCUUCAUUAAUAUUUAAAUCUAUGUCGCUUAUUCCAUCGACAAAUGAAAAACAAGUAACACUUUCAGCUUCGAUUAUUAUUAAAAUUAAUUCACCACUUGGUCAUCAAUCUCCACUUAAUAUUCAAUCAAUGGAUAUGAACGUUCAUCUUCUCUACGAAGAAAAUUCUGUUGGUAUGCUUGAUGUUUCUCAAAUUCCAGUACAACAACUCGAUGAAGAUACAUACGAAACACAAUUUCAUGAUAAAUAUUUAAUACUUACUGAUACGGGUAAAACUUAUGAAAAAUUUGCUCAAAACUUUAUUAAUGCUAAUGAAAUUAAUCCAAUUAAUUUUCGCAUUGUUGGUCUCGCUUCUAUCAGCGGUUCAUUCGCUCUUGGUCCAUUGAAAAUUAAUGAAAUUAUUGUCGAAAAUAAUGUGUCAUUAGUUGGUCUUGCAGGUCUUAAUAAUGUUCGUGUUCAUGAUAUUUCUGUUGAUGGUGAAGAAGGGGCUGCUCUUCAACUUUCUAUCAAUGUAACUAUCGGUAAUCCUGGUGUAACUGAUGUUAAACUACAAAAUUUUACACUUAAGAUGGCCGAUAGUGAUAGCGGAACAGUUCUUGGUCAAGUACCAAUUGAUGUACUAUCUUUACAGCCGGGAAAUAAUGAUAUGACACUCACUGGUCUACUUGCUCCAUUAAACGAAAACGAUUUGUCUGUCGUCGGUAAAUUUUUCUCUGCCUAUCUCAAUAAUCAAACACAAUCAGUAACACUUUUUCAUGAACUAUCUACUAAUGAAGAAAAUACUACUGCUAUGGAUUUAACAAUAAGUGGUCUAUCGAUGAAAUCAAAUCUUGAUGGUGUAGAAACACAAUUAAUUCAACGAGUAGAAGUUCUCAGUUUCGGUAUUGAAUUUGAUUCAAUAAUUGCCAAUAAAGUUUACAUAACUGGUCAAUUAUCAGUUUUAUUUCAAUUGCCAUCUAAUGUUCAUAUGACAUUUAAAGCAUUAACAACUAGUAUUGAUUAUGUUAUGAGUUUUAACAAUGGAUCAAAUAUGGGUCGAAUGAUUCUCUAUGAUAUACCUGUUGAACAUAAUCAAAUAACUAAUGAACUUUUAAUGACAUUUGAUAAACAAGAACUUAUUGUUCUUAAUGAAACAGCUUUUCAAGAAUUUGCUGCUAAUCUUGUUCUAACAAAUAAUGUAUCAGUUAUGAUUGAAGGUUUAGCUGCAGCACUUGCUGAAGUUAUUAUAGGUAAUAUUACUUUAACUAAUAUUUCCGUUAGUGAUACUCUUCAUCUUGAUGGUUAUGAUCGAUUUGAUAAUGGACUUUUAAAUAUUGAUGAAGUCGAUUUAACUAAAGCAUUAUCAUCUCAUGAACUUUCACUCAGUGUACAAACAAAAAUUAAUAAUCCUUCUGCAGUUUAUAUUCUUAAUGGUGGUCGUCUUUCACUUGAUCUGUGUGAAUUAACAAGUGGCAUAUCACUUGGUUUAGUUAUUAUCGAUCCAUUUUAUCUUGAAACACAAGGCAAUAGUACUAUACUUAAUGCGGAAGGUACUUUUACAAUAACUCAACAAAAUUCUGCUACGGCUCAACAGUUUGUUUCAAAUAUGGUUUCUGGCAUAGAUAAUGAUGUAGAAUUACGUGGUAUAUUACCAAAUAAUUCAAUAGGUACUUCUAUUCCUUUACUUUCAAUGGCUAUUUCUGGUUUACGUAUUCAUACGCGAGUUCCUGGUCUUUAUGGCGAGAGAACACUUGUUCGAAAAGUUCUUAUUAAAAAAUUAAGUGCUCUACAAUUAUUAGGUAUUUCAUUUGGUACUGUCAAAAUACUUAGUUCGCGUAUUCAACUUAAAAAUCCUUUUAGUGCACCUUUAGCUAUAACAGGUAUGAACAUAAGAGCUGAUUUUGGUUCUGUUAUCAAUCCAGAUGUGCAGGUGGGUACUGUUACUGAUAGUUCACAUAUUACCAUUGGUGCUCGAGAAGAAGUUACAACACAUUAUAUCGAUGUAAAGAUUACAGCUACGUUAUCAACAAUGAUUUCGCUUGCGGGUCCUCUAGUAACAGGCGCUUUUCCUUUAUCUUUAUCAGGUUUUAUUAAUGUUACGAUUGAUAAUCAACUCAAUCUAAUUCAACUUCCAAUUACAUUAGUUAAUAUAUCUACUACUCAAGAGUCCUCGAUGUAA